AUGGCCUCAUUUAAGACUCGAAUGGUUCAGAAGAUAAUUUGGAUGAAAAUAGCUGUUCUGCAGAUGACGAAUUUACUGACUGGAUAUGCAAUGAGCAUAAUGAUUACAUACUUGAACAGUGUAUGGAAGUUCAAUCUCACAGAUGCUGCUGCCGUCGUCAAUGUGUAUGCCGGCGCGGUGGCUGUAAUGCCACUAGGCAUGCUUUUGCUUGUUGAUACUUUAAUCGGUAGCUAUUGGUUGAUCAUACUCUCCAGUUGUGCUUACACCAUGGGUUUUCUCCUCUUAACAAUGUCAACACCACCAGUUCUUCAUAGCGCAACAGGAACUUGCGGCGCAUAUGAGGCCGAGUGCAUUGGCAAAAUACAAAAGAUCCUCUUUUACACAGCCUUACCUCUAAUAGCUCUGGGAGCCUCGAGUCGCUUUAUGGUUGAUGCAUUCAGAGAAGAGCAGUUGUUCAAGCCACUAUUACAAAGCGCAAAAAAAAUGAAAUUCUUUGCUAUGUCAGUUUGCCCUAAAAAAGUUAGGCUGCAGUCAUUUCAAAUUAUGGUCUCUAGUCUAGUACUAGGGGGAACUGCUUAUGUAAAGCCUUGGUCGCUCAGGUUUGGAUUCCCGGCUAUGUUCACCUUGCUUGCAACAGUAGCUUUAUUGACAAGUACUAUACUUCCACUCAAAGCACAUAGGAACCUUUUCAGCACGGAAGAAAUCAUAAGCAUCUUGCAGGUGAGUCCUAUAUGUAUCUUCCUUAUUCCAAUUGGCGUUGUAUCAUCUCUUGGUAAUACUUAUUUCACUGAACAAGCAAGCAAGAUGAAUCACAGGGUUGGAUCGUUAAAGGUCUCUAUUCUUUUCCUUACAAUGCCCCGAAGCUUGGUCAGAACAUUGGUCAGACAAUCAAAAUGUUGUACUAAGAUUAUUACUCCCAGAAUUGGGAUUUCAUUGUCGAUGGCAUUGGCGAUUUUAUGUUGUAUCACAGCUGCAUCAGUGGAAAACAGAAGGUUGGGCGUGGUUAAGAGACAUGCUUUACUUGACAUGCCUGACGAACGAGUUCCCAUGACCAUGUUUUGGUUGCUUCCACAGUUUCUUCUCGUUGGAGGCGUUUGUGGCCUUUCCGAGAAGAGCAUUGCACUUUUCUACACCGAUGUCGUCCUCCGCUGGCCGAAAGAGGAUGUUGAUUCGCAAGCAAAUGGCAUAUCCGAGUCCAAAGAAAAAAACAACAAGUCCCCCAUGGAUCAAGCAAACAAAGUAUUCAAGCCUACAGAAAACAAUGAUCAUGAGGACCGCGACAAUCAGGAAAAACAAGAAUCAAAGAGAAUAGAUAAUGACGGAGAAGGGCUAAGGCACAUUGAUCCCGAUAGGGCAAAACAAAAAUUGAAGCGUCAAUACAUAGAGUUUUUCGUUGAUGCUCUUGAGGGAGUGGGAAAUAUAGGCAGUGUGGUGUUAGUCUACGUAGUGAGUGAGAUAAAACCCACUUGGUUCCAAGAAACGGUAAACAGGAGUCGUUUGGAUAAUUAUUACUGGACCUUGGCUGCAUUAACUGCAGCUAAUUUGUUGUUAUCUAUUCCAGUGAUAUUUUACCUGUUGCGGUUAAAGAAAGAAAAGGUCAAUGCAGACGAUGCAGAAGACGAUGUUGAUUUAGCCGAUGAGGAAGACGAGGUUGACGCAACUGGUGAGGAAUUUGUGGUUGAAGCAGCCGCUGAGAGAGCAGAGCAGGCUGACACAGCCGCUGAGGAAGGAAAGGCCGGUGCAUCCGAUGAAGAAGGAAAGGUUACACCAAUGUAUGUGGCACCAAGAACUGAUAUGGCUGAGAGAAAAGAAGAAAUGGAGGAGGCAAAAAAUCAGUUGGGUGAUAUGGAUGAAGCCCAGAAGAAGGAAAAAAGGGAUAUGAACCAUAUAAUCAAUAUUGCUGAUGAGCUGAAAGAGGCAGGUAUACGUAAAAAACCAGUUCGGUGA